GAAUAUAAUAGCCUGGUGUGAAAGGUCAUGUUACCCAACGUUUCGUUUUUGGAAGCCAGUGUUGCUGCAGGACUCGGGUUUGCCCUGGUUUUCGUGCACCUUUGGCGGAGAAGUCGACAAAAGUUACAGGAAGACGAUCCCAGUCAACCAAGGACAAUGGGGUCUCGUGUGUUAAUAGGUGGUGGCAGUGGGUUCAUAGGGACAGCCCUGAGAAAGUUGUUAGAGCAUCGAGGCUACCAGGUGACACUCAUCUCUCGCACACCUGGCAAGAACAAGAUCACCUGGGAUGAGGUGAAGAAAACGGGCCUGCCUGAGUGCUAUGCAGUUGUGGGAAUGCAGGGUUCAAACAUCCUAAAUAUAUUCAGGAGAUGGACAGAUGGCUUUAAGAAGGAAGUGUGGGACAGCAGAGUGGAGACAACCAAGACUCUGGCCCAGGCCAUCAGUGAGGCUAGCAAUCCUCCCAAGGUCUGGGUGUCCUUCUCUGGAGUAGGAUACUACAAGCCCAGUUAUGUGUAUGACUAUGAUGAAGACAGUCCUGGAGGAGACUUUGACUACAUCUCUCAGCUGGCCACAGCCUGGGAGGAGGCAGCAAAACUACCAGCUGAGAACACGAACACCAGAGAGGUCAUCAUCAGAUCAGCCUCCACAGGUGUUGUCCUUGGCCGGGAUGGUGGUGCCAUCAAACAGAUGUAUUUCUCCUUCUGGUUUGGCUCCGGAGGAGUGAUAGGUGACGGAAUGCAGUUCUUCCCGUGGAUCCAUAUCAAUGAUCUCACCAGGCUUGUCAUGCAUGCCCUUGAGAAUGAAAAGGUCACGGGAGUCCUGAAUGGUGUGGCACCUGAGACUAUCACAAACUGGGACUUCACAAAAGAAUUCAACACAGUCCUACUGAGACCAGGCUUCUUCCCACUGCCAAGGCCCAUCGUAAACUUUGCUCUAGGAGAAGAGAGAGCAAAGAUGCUGACGGAGGGCCAGGCAGUCGUCCCAAAGCGCACAUUAGAGUCUGGGUUCACUUUCAACUUCCCCAAAAUAAAGAUGGCAUUCGAUAACAUGUUCUCCUACAGAAAGUGGUUCUUUUCAUAUUGAGGUUUGGUAUGUUAUCUUUACAAGUAGGAAGAGGACAUGCUAAUGCCGUAGUUUUAUGGAUCUAAAAAACGAGUAACAUGUUGGAAGCACACAAAUGUUUGUUGGCUGAUUGUGGAAUGACUGUAAUGUUACCUGUGUUCACCUGAUGUAUAGCUAUAGAAAAUAAACAUUACUUUAUUUGGAUUC